GAUGUAAAUUCAAAUGUAUUUAUAUCUUCCUACUUACCGCCAUUUACAGUGAACACGUGAUUUUGUGUUCCAAUUGAACUUCGGUUUGUAGCUCUUACUUAUGUACUUACGAGAAUACGCAUUUAUAUGCUUCUUAGGCAAUUAAUAAUUCAAUUUUCAGGCCUUUUUCUACCAUGCACUUAAUUUAUGUAACUAAACGCAUAUAAAUACACAUAUGUAUGCCUUUAUCUACUUGUAUGUAUGUACGUAUGUUGAAGAAUUAUAAUUCAGUGCAGUCUGUUAUGAAUACAAUACAGUGGUCUUGCGAUUUAACGGUAUUCAUUCUGUCCACAACUCGUAUUUUGUAUUUUCUACAUUUGAAUAUUUUACUGUUAUUUUAAACUGUUCACUCCUCUUUGAAAGUGCAUGAGAAAUUUUGAGAACCUUCUAGCAUAAGAAAUUUUCAUAAGUAUAUAUGCUAUAUCUGAGAAAAGCUAUUUUUCAAUGCAGUACUGUUAUAUUAUCUUAUUCAAUAAAUUUAAACUGAUUUCAAAUUCAAAUUUAUCCAACCAUUUGCCGAACAAUAACUUGGUUUCACAAAGUGCACCUGUGAAGCUUUGUAAAGAUUCAUUUUUUAUGGGCUGGGCAUUGCUUUUUAUAUUACUACUAAAUUUGCAAUUAUUUUUAAUGUCUGCCAUAAAAUUCGCUGUUGCUGCGACAUUUUGAAUAAUUAUAUUCACAAUUAUUUAAAAAAUUCCAAUAAAAACGCAAUUAAAGCUUAGUACAAUUCAGUCAUUCAAGCGCAAAAUAAUUUAUGUAAACUCACACAAUCAAACUCAAACAAAAUGAUGGCAUGUGCACAAAAAGGAGAUAAACAACAACAAUAAUAACAAGAGUAGCACCGGUAGUCAACAUGAAGGCAAUAAAUAUCUAUACAAACUGCUGCUGCAGUGAACGUGCACAGACAUUGUAUUGUAGAUGAGCCAGCGAACGAGAACAGCAUGAGAAUAGCCAGAAUUGAGGAAAAACUAAAAACGAUUGGAGGAUUUUCUACAGCCGCUAAUAAACCUUUGGAAAACUUCACACAAAAUGGCUUUCCAACGUAGCUACAGCAAGGUCUGGUGGGGCUCCGAUAAUCAACAAUUAUCCUCUGCACUAGCCCUAUCCGCAGCGGCCGGCGGUGCGACUGCCAAUAACGACGGCACUAGUUUUACAAGUGGCGGUUUCUACUACGGUUCUUAUUUUGCACAAAAGACACAGCAACAACUGAAUGCGCAACGUUUACAAUGCAAUAAUCAUGGAAGCGGCGGCUACCAUUCACUCGAUUCAGGCAGCUUUCGUUCGUACGUGGGUAAUUUGUCGCGCAUACAGGAAGUAGAUGAUGAGCAAAACAACUCGAAGUUGUCGUGGGGCAAACGCGACAGUCCGGGUAGUCUGCGUAGUCAGGAUUCCGGCUUCUCCGACAAUGAUGAGUCGCAUAGUGGUCGCAGUCUUGGCGGCCGCUCCUUGAAACCCUCUUCACCCAGCGCCCAAAACGCAGCCAGUUCACCCAGCUCAGUGCACUCGGCGGCUGUGGCAACACCGCCCACUGUUAUCAGAAGAGUAGGCAAAUCGGAAUUCUAUUCACCGUUAGUGAAUGUAUCGCGUCGCAUAUCAUUUUCCGGUUCACCUGCCACGGCGACUACAUUAGAUGCUGCCAUCGCUGCGACGCAAGGCGAAACGACACAAUUGCAGCAACGCUUGACUGCUGACGAACUGCUCGUCAGUGAGGCAGUGAGCGCUGCGAAGAAAUUGAAUUUUGAUGAUGCCAAUGCAUGCGGUGGACUAGCCGUUGCGGCACCACAGCAAGCACCGCAGCAAGCGCAGCAACAACAGCAACCGAAACGUCGACGACGCAUAAUACGUCAAGCCACAAAACCAUUAUCGCCCACCAAACGGCGUACACUGCUCGAAGAUACAGACCCAGAUAGCGAAGGAGAGCGCAAUGAGGGUACUAAUUUAAGCACCAGCAGCCCAUUUGAUGAGCUUGAUCGUUCGGCGGAACAUAAUCGCUCACGUACUCGUUUACAUAUUGCACCCGAAUACAACAAUGAAACUGUCUAUCUUGGUGUGACGACCGCAACUCCACCAACGGCUGUGCCGUACAACAAUGAGACGAUGGUGCUGGGCGCCGGCGGUGUAAUCACGUGUGCCACACAAGAAGAUACAAACAACAACACAAUGAAAAUGAAUGAGAUGGACAUGGAUAAUUCAAUGACGCCACUGAAGAACAGUUAUUUGCCCAGUACGAGCACACCGAAAGCAACAGUACAAGCCAGCGUACAACCAUGGCUGCAAAUGUCCUUCCGCCACGUCACGUAUGAAUAUGAUAAUCCGCUGUUGAAUGGUCAUGCGUCCGAUUUGCAACACUGGCUACAUGAUUUACGUGCAUCAUAUGAGCACGAGGUGAUGUCCACGCUACAGACCAAGUCCAUAGCACAGGAAGCUUUCAAGAAUUUGACAAUUACAACGAAUACCGUCGCCAAAUUAAUACGUCAGCUGCAACAGCGCGCGCUCAAUAUGCAAACAGACUUCGAGCGUGUGGAACGUAUAUUGUCGGGCACGCAAGAGGCGACACUACAUGAAGCGCUUGCAAGCGCCGAACAGUUGGUAGCGAACGUGGCCGACUUCACACAGGUGCUCGAACGACGCGCUGUCUUCUUCAACGAUUCGCGCCUGGAUCGUAAGCGUUUUGAGGAGAACAUGGCGCAGAUACGCAUUAUAACAAAGGAUACACGAUACUCACUCGAACGCCAACACUACAUCAAUCUGGAGUCGCUGCUUGACGAUGUGCAGGUGUUGAAACGCAAUCUGCUGAUCUGUGUGCGCCAAUUGUUCGAGAAGAUGGUGCGUAUUAUCGUACAAAGCGUGGAGCAGGGUCAAUGUGAUCUCAUGUUGCGUGCCAACAUCAAUAUGAUAGCAACGCUGAUGAAUAUCGAUUACGAAGGUUUCGCCUCACUCACCGACGCUUUUGUACAGAAUGAAGCUGUGCGCGCUCUAUUAAUUGUCUGUCUCGAAAAUAAGCUUUCGUCAGUGCGCGCGUUAGCUUUGCGGGCGCUUGCAACGGUUUGCUGUACACCGGCUGCAAUUGCACAACUGGGCGCUUGUGGUGGCAUUGAAAUUGUACGUGAUAUCAUACAAGUGCCGGGUAAAGAACGCGCUGGCGAAUUCAAACGUGGCGAUAUUGAGCGCCGUGAAGCCGUCUCAUUGCUCACACAAAUUACAGCCGCGUGGCAUGGUGCCGAGCACCGUGUGGAUGGUUUGAAGGCUUGCGCGGAACUCAUUGUCGAGGGAUUGACUCAGUUGAUAACGAAUACGGCUUGCCCGCAAACAUUGUUGCUAUGCGCGGCGGCCUUGAACAAUCUCAGUCGUAUUGAGGUGACGUCACAUUAUUCGAUAAUGUCCAACGAGGCCAUUUUCAAAUUGAUCGAAGUGGUGCAGGUGCGCGGCGAAGAGACGUCCAUAUUUCUUUAUGAGCAAAUCGUUGCAAUGUUACACAAUAUGUCUGUGAACAAGAAGUGCCACAGUCACUUGGCUAAUGGCAACAUCAUAAAUUUCAUCACGUCCGCAUAUCAAACGGAAUUCUAUAAAAACUACAAAUCUCGCGCGGAAAGUGAUGCACAACGACGCACCAUCAAAGCGAUUCUACAUACGUUGACACAUUUGGUACACGAGUCCACUCUGGGCAUUGAACUGUUGGAACAGCAUCGCGUUCCCGCCUUUUUCCGGCAAGCGAUGUUUAUUGGUGGCACCGGCGCAGGCAGUGGUGGUGAACAGUGGUAUUUAGACGGCAGUCACGGCAGGGAGAUUUCUUCAAUGUUGGCCGGUCAAUUACUGCAGGCUCAGAAGCAAGAACCAGUUGCCGCUGUAGACGAAUCGAAGAGACAGCAAGUUUUCCGGGCAGCAGUUGGGGAAAUAGAAAAUGAUGCUGUGCAGCAGGGUACUGCUAAUGGCAGAGGUAGCAGCAGAGCCAAUAACAACGCUAACGUCAGUGUUAAAGGAAACUUUAAAUUCAAUUUGACGCGACAGGAGAGUUUCGUUUGAGUAAAUGCAUUUGUGUGUGUUGCAAUUAUAUGUAUGUAGUGUACAUAAAUAUAUGUUGUGCUUUGAAGCGCUUUGGGCUGUGCUCCCAGCGACGUUGUUGGCAGCUCGAUUGGUCAGUCGGUGACUGCAUUUAAUGUAAACAAACACACACACAGCACCAACUACGUCAUGCGACUGCCAGGGAGUAAACCAAAAAA